GACAGGACGCCGAGCUGCGGAGCGCGGUCUCUGCCCAGGGCUGAGGCGGCUGCAGGGGGAUGCCGAGCGAUCGGGUUCUACGCGCCUGUGUUUCGCCACUUCCCAGUGUGCUGUCCUGUGUGAUUCACACCGGCGUCCCUAAAAAUUGUCGUGUGAGCACGUUGGGGCCAGGACUCUUGAGUGUGCGCUGCAGGAUCCCGGAGCAUCAGGCCGAGGACCUUGAGGUGGCUUGUGACCGCUCGGGCAUUGAUUGGCUUAGGAGUCAGGCGAGCAGCGCUGCUCAGACGGAUGGAGCCUGGGGCGGGUGUCGGCUGCAUUCUGGCCCCGCAGUGUUUGAGAGCUGUUAGCUGGAGCCCUGGCCCCGGCGCAGACACUGGCCUGCCAGAGCAGAAACACUCCAAAGAGUGUGAGGCCUGCCAGAGGUUUGCCUUUUGGUAAGGAUCGGUAGUUGACAGGGCUCUCUGAUGUCUUUGCAGACCUCUGGGGGAUGCUGAAUCAUUCACACUGCCAAUUUUCUCGACAUAACCAAGCUGGCCUCUGCCCUGCAACUCUCCUUGGAUCCUCCACAUGCUCACGUGUCUUCAGAAUCCUGAGAAAGUCAGAGGCAGACCAAGAGCAGAAACCACAGAGGACAUGCCUACUGACAUGACUUUCUGCCAGAAGGCCCGGAGACUGGGAACAGGGGAGCAGGAUGGAUCCUGUGAGAGAUUGGUGACCUUUGAGGAUGUGACCGUGGACUUCAGCCAGGAGGAGUGGCAGCACCUGGACCCUGCCCAAAGACGCCUGUACCAGGAGGUGAUGCUGGAGAUCUACAGCCACCUCUUGUCAGUGGGUGAACUGCAGCUUGACACACCACAGCAACAAAUUUGUGUGAAAGCUUCGUUUCUAAAUGAUGCAGCCAGUGAAAUCACAAGGCACGGUUCAUAUUGUUUCAUUUUGGAGAAACUGUGGCAGGAUGGUGAUACUACGACAAAGACAGAUCCACAAAGCCAAAUACUGCCCAUAAGUCCUGGUGCUUUCCGAAGCCAGAAAACCCUAACCUUAGACAGUGCUUGUGACUAUGAAGAAACCGGAGAACCGAUUCUUUUGGGACCCCACCUCAUUUCUUCACAAUACGUACCUCCAAAAGGUUUCUCGUUUGCAAAAAGUUCAAAGCCUAACCUCGAAGCAAAUUGUGACAGUCAAAGCAGUGACGCAAGGCAGCUUGGUGAUGUUCUUGGACCUCACCAGUUUUUUACACAAGGUUCUUUUCAUGGUGUGUGUGCAAUUCCUCACCAAAGUGAGAAAUCAUACAAUGCGAGUCAGUUUGGAAACCUUCUUUCCCCUCAUCCACCACUUAUGGAGCAUGAAAUUAAUUUUCAAGACAAACCAGUUGAAUAUGCUGGAUGUGGGAAGGCCCUCGCUGGUGAGUCAGCUUUCUGUCAACAGCAAAUAACCAACAACAUGGAACCAUCUUUUAUCUGUCACACUUGUGGGAAAACCUUUCUCCACAAGUCUAAAUUGACCUCCCAUUCAGAAACUCACAGCGUAGAGACUCCUUAUCAGUGUCCUGACUGUGCAAAAUCACUCAUGGGUGCAGCCAGCCUGCAGGUGCACCACGGAAUCCACAUAUUGGAGAAACCUUAUGAAUGCCAUGUGUGUGGGAAAUCAUUCAGUUACACAUACCACCUAAAGGUGCACCUUCGAACACACACUGGGGAGAAACCCUACGCGUGUUCCGACUGUGGGAAGGCCUUCAGCCAAAAGUCAGUCCUCACCAUACAUCAGAGAAUUCACACUGGGGAGAAGCCUUACACAUGCAGUGACUGUGGGAAAAUGUUCGUUUGUGCAUCAGAUCUGACAAAGCACCGUCGAUUUCACACAGGAGAAAAGCCUUAUGAGUGCCCUGACUGUGGGAAAUCGUUCAGCAUUAAAUCUAACCUGCUUGCACACCAUCGAAUUCACACCAGUGAAGGAGCUUACAAAUGCUUUGACUGUGGGGAAUCGUUCCGGAAAAUAUCCCAGUUGAAGGUACAUCAUGAAAUUCACACCGACGGUAGAUCCUUUGUGUGUUCAGACUGUGGAAUGGCCUUCAGCCAAAAGUCAGUGCUCAGCACACACCAGAGAAUUCACAGUGGGGAGAAGUGUUACCCGUGCAGUGACUGUGGCAAGCUGUUCCUCUAUGCCUCGGACCUGAAGAAGCACUGUCGCUUUCACACGGGGGAGAAGCCCUACAAGUGCCACGAGUGCGGGAAGUCGUACAGGGUGAAGUCGCACCUGCACGUGCACCAGCGCAUCCACACCGGGGAGAGGCCUUUCAAGUGUGACGACUGCGGAAAGUCCUUCAGGAGGAACUGCCACCUGCAGAUGCACCAGAAGACCCACACUGGUGAGAAGCCUUACAAGUGCUCGGACUGUGGGAAGUCCUUCCGGCGGGCGUCCCACCUGAAAGUGCACCAUCGAAUUCACACCGGGGAGAAGCCCUACGUGUGUUCCGAGUGUGGGAAGUCUUUCAACGACAGGUCGGUUCUCAGCACACAUCAGAGAACUCACACGGGAGAGAAGCCUUACAUAUGCAGCGAGUGUGGCAAAGCCAUGGCUUCCAAAGCCAAUCUCAAAGAGCACCAACGAAUUCACACGGGCGAGAAACCGUAUAUGUGCGCUGAGUGUGGGAAGGCCUUCAGUGACAAGUCUUCUUUCUACAGACAUUGUAAAAUCCACAGCAGGGAGAAAGCUUUUGUCCGAAACAAAGGUGAGAAGGGCUUCCUGCAGAAUUCACAAGUGACAUCCUCUGAGCAGACUCACAGUGCAAAGAGCCUCUAGUGAUAAUAUGUCUGUGGGAAAUCUGUCUGUCAUUGCUGUGUGUCGCAGAAAGUGUGUAGUCAAGGUCACAUAUACUAACAUUACUGACGCUUUGGGAAAUUGUUCAGGAACUCUGGGUGCACCAUCCUGGGAAUGUGUUGUGGAUGCAGAAAGUCCUUCAAGAUCAUGAUGUUUUAGUAGACUCCAGUGCUCUCACCAGGCACUCAUCUGAUCAUAUAAAAGAAUUUAUUGUGGAACCAGGUCCUCAUCCAUAUCCAUCAUCAAAAUAUUCUCCUUGAUUUUCAUGAAAAAUAUUUUAUUACAGACCUAAAUAGGACUGGGGAUAUCAUACUUCGUUGGUAAAUUCUUUGUCUUCUGGACACCGCAGGCGCACAUGCAUACAUGCCACAGGUGUCUGCCCAUGGUACAUACACAAACCUAACCACGCAAGCCAUGGUUCAUAGUUAAAAACUAUGCACUGCUUAUUUAAACAUACACAUAAUCAUAUGGGAGAGAAAUAUUAAUGAACUUGUAGGGAGAAGCACAAAUGCCUGUAGACAUUUAUGGACUGUCAGUUUCCUUGCAUGUUGAAGAAAUGUUGACUAAUGAUUUAAGGUAAUCCUUCUGUAGUUAAUGGUCCAAGGUUUCUAUAGUAUUUAUAGAAAAGUUUCUUGGAAAUUACAUCAGUGGUUUCUCUGUUUAUUGUGGGAUACUGUUUUUUUGUUUUGUUUUUUAAUUUGAGACAGGGUCUCACUGUGUAGCUCAGGCUGUCCUGGGACUCACUGUAUAGACCAGUCUGGCCUCAAACCUGUAGAGACUCUCCUGCCUUUGCCUUCCAUGUGCCAGGAUUAAAGGCAUGCAUCACUGUGUCUGGCUGGAUACUAAUAUUUUUAAAUGUCACAAUACUUUCCUCGUUUCUGUCAAGGAAAGGAUGUAGUUGCUGGCCUUAUCCAUACCAUGGCGGCCAGCAGACAGUGAAGCUAGUUUUGACCUCCUAGCCUUUCAUUGUGUUCUCCACCACCAUGUCCAGUUUCAGGUUCCUGGAGAUCAUCACCUUCAGGGUGCCAUUUGAGAGAGACACAGAAACCCAGAACAUUCACAAAUGCCUGCCAGAAUCUCCACAACUCCUUUGUGCUGGUGUGAGCAAUGCUUCUCCCUGAUUUAUGUCCUUCCAGAACCUCAAAGUGACCUUGUGGAAAUGACUUUACUGUAGAAGUGACUUUAGUAUGCAGAUUAGUAUGUCACAUUCUUGUGACAAAGCCAACAAUUUUGAAAGACAGGACCAAGAGGCAGAGAUGUCAGUGACGCAGCUCCAAACCAUAGACUUUUGGUGACUGUCAGCAAUAGAAGCUAGAAAAGUAACAGGAUGCUUGCUUUCUUGGGAGUUUCCAAAAUGAGCCAUCUCUCGGCCAGAACCUUGAUUUCCACACUCUGGUCUCAAGACCCUCUCACUUAUUAGUGAGAAAAUAAGUUUCUGUUGUUUUGCCACCUAUUCUAAAGCAAUCUAGGAAAACCAAUAGCAGGCUCUGGGGUACCCAGGUACUCCUGCCUGCCUUCCUGCUUCUCCUGUUACAUCUCACUCCCCUUUUUAGUCAUUCUUUUCUCAUCCACUACUCCUGAACCUUCUGUGCACCCUUGUCCUCACCCUGGUUCCCAUAUUUUUAACUCCUCUUUCGCUAAGCUAAUCCCAUGUUGCUAUUCUUCCCAUGAAGCAAUGACCCUAGCCUACCAGGUGUCUGCCCCUUGUGGUUCUCAAACCUGUAUCCCUCAUUUUUCUCUCAUUGAGGCCCUCUAGACAUGAAUAUUACUUCUUGGAUCAGA